AUGUCCGACGAAACUAUUCGUAAGCCUGAUAAGGACUUCUCCAAAGAGGUUGACACACAGCUUCCAGAAGCUGAACAGCUUGCACAGACAAACGUGCAAGGUGCCAUCGAGAAGCUUACAGUGUUGGAGAAACAAACAAGACAGGCAUCAGAUCUUGCAUCAACAUCCCGAAUUCUUGUUGGAAUUGUCACUAUUUGCAAGAAUGCCGAUGAUUGGAGUUUAUUGAACGAACAAGUCCUGUUACUAUCAAAGAAACAUGGCCAACUUAAACAAGCUACAACAAAGAUGGUACAGGUUGUUAUGGAGUUUCUGGAUUCGACACCAAACCUCGAGACGAAGCUUACAGUAAUUGAAACAUUGCGUACGGUGACGGAGGGAAAGAUUUUCGUCGAAGUUGAGCGCGCCCGCGUUACUAGAAUCCUCUCCGAUAUCAAGAAGGAACAGGGUGAUCUCAAAUCUGCAACGGACAUUUUGUGCGAGUUGCAAGUAGAGACAUUUGGAUCUAUGGAGAGGAGAGAAAAGACGGAAUUCAUUUUGGCACAGGUCGCAUUAUGUAUAGAGAACAACGACUGGACACAAGCUGGAAUCUUGAGCCGGAAGAUCAGUACCAAAUAUCUGUCAAGAAAGCCAAAGAAGACUCCAGAGCAGUUAGUGAAGGAGGCAGAGGAUCGAGAGAAGAGAAGAAAGAAGGGAGAGGAUGUUCCAGAGCCAAAGGAGGACGAUGUGACUGAUCUUAAGUUGAAAUACUACGAGCAACAAAUCACUCUGGCGAAGCAUGAUGACAAAUACCUUGAUGCCUGCAAGCAUUAUAGACAGGUUCUUGAUACAGAAGCUGUUGAAGAGGAUCCCCAAAAGCUUCAUUCCGUUUUGCAAAGAAUCAUCUACUACGUCAUCUUAGCCCCUUACGAUAACGAACAAUCCGAUCUUCUCCACCGCGUCCACAAAGAUACUCGCAACAGCCAAGUAUCUCUCGAUGCCCAACUCCUCAAGCUAUUCACAGUUCCCGAACUCAUGAGAUGGCCCGAGGUUUCGAAGAUAUUUGGCCCACACCUCUGUGGAACCGAUGUUUUUGAUGUUUCACAAGGUCAAUCUGCAGACCCCAAAGCAAAUAAGCGUUGGGAAGAUCUACGCAAGCGUGUGAUCGAACACAACGUUCGAGUUGUUGCCAAAUACUAUACUCGAAUUCAAAUGCCCCGAUUGACACAACUUCUCGAUUUGACGGAAGACGAGACGGAGAAAUACAUCAGCGAGUUGGUCACUGCCAAAACUGUUUUCGCCAAAAUCGACAGACCUGCUCGUAUCGUCAACUUUGCUAAACCAAGAGACGCGGAUGAUGUCCUUAAUGAAUGGAGUGGAAAUAUGAAGAGUUUGUUGGGAUUGCUCGAAAGAAUUGAUCAUUUGAUCACCAAGGAGGAAAUGAUGGCUAGAAUCCAACCAAACAAGUCACCAAAGGGCUCAAAAACUGGAAAGGUCAAUGCAUAA